AUGGCUGUAGUGCAACCAAGAGGUUCACGUUUGAGUAAUGCAGCCACUGUAGCAAGUGCCAAAGUGACGUCUUGUUCUUCUUCUUCUUCUUCCUCGGAACUAGUUUCGUUUCCCUCGCUUGAGGACCAGAAUAAAAGCAUUCAGGAUAAAUACACAAAGGAACGAAAAGUAGGUGAAGGAACGUAUGCUGUAGUGUAUUUGGGGAAACAGCAAGUGACCAAGCGUCCCAUAGCUAUAAAAGAGAUCAAAACGGGUCUUUUCAAAGAUGGGUUGGAUAUGUCAGCUAUUAGAGAAGUUAAGUAUUUGCAAGAGUUGAAGCAUCGCAACAUUAUAACAUUAAUUGAUGUUUUUUCAUCAUCGAACAAUUUAAAUUUGGUAUUAGACUUUCUACCGGCUGAUCUUGAAGUCUUGAUCAAGGAUAAGAGCAUUGUUUUUAAAAGCGCUGAUAUUAAGUCAUGGAUGUUAAUGACACUUCGAGGUAUUCAUCAUUGUCAUCGAAACCAUAUACUUCAUCGAGAUUUAAAGCCAAAUAAUUUAUUAAUCUCACCCCUGGGAGAAUUGAAAAUUGCUGAUUUUGGAUUAGCUCGAAGUCUAGGGAACCCCAACGAGGAUUUGAGCUCGAAUGUAGUGACAAGAUGGUAUAGAGCUCCUGAGUUGUUAUUUGGAGCGAAACACUAUACGGAGGCAAUAGACAUUUGGUCAAUUGGAAUAAUAUUUGCUGAAUUGAUGUUGAGAAUACCGUAUCUUGCAGGCAAAGACGACGUUGACCAGUUAGAUGUGACAUUUAGAGCAUAUGGUACACCCACAGAACAAAUAUGGCCCAAUGUUUCAAGUUUACCUUUAUAUAACGCCUUGCAUAUUUAUCCACCACCGUCAAGACAAGAAAUGCGAUCGAGAUUUAGUGCGGCUACUGAUAAAGCAUUGGAUUUCUUGAUUUUGUUGACUCAAUUGGAUCCUAGUAGGAGAUGUAAUUCUACUCAAGCUUUAUUACAUGAAUAUUUCACGGAAAGUCCAAGACCAACAGAACCGGAGAAUUUACCAAAGAAGAAAAAUAACAAGAGAGAAAAUGAAGACGAUGAUAAUUUGACAAGUUCAAAUAGCGGUAAUGGAACAGAUACAUCAAAGAAGAGAAGGAUUUAG